UUUCUACUUGUACAUUUACCUUUGCAGCUGUUCAGAAUGCCUGAGCCCGCCAAGUCCGCUCCGGCCCCGAAGAAGGGCUCCAAGAAGGCGGUGACCAAGGCGCAGAAGAAGGACGGCAAGAAGCGCAAGCGCAGCCGCAAGGAGAGCUACUCGGUCUACGUGUACAAGGUGCUGAAGCAGGUCCACCCCGACACCGGCAUCUCGUCCAAGGCCAUGGGCAUCAUGAACUCGUUCGUCAACGACAUCUUCGAGCGCAUCGCGGGCGAGGCGUCGCGCCUGGCGCAUUACAACAAGCGCUCGACCAUCACCUCCAGGAGAUCCAGACGGCCGUGCGCCUGCUGCUGCCCGGGGAGCUGGCCAAGCACGCGGUGUCGGAAGGCACCAAGGCCGUCACCAAGUACACCAGCUCCAAGUAGACCAAUGUAGGCACUGUCGAACCCAAAGGCUCUUUUCAGAGCCACCUAACA